GUUUCUCAAGCAAACAGAAAACCCCCCACUUAGCCAUAAACCUCUAUCAAUCUUCCGCUAUUAUCUUUCACGCCCAGCACAUGAUCAACAUUUCCAACAAUUCUCAAUCAUUCAUAAAUUCCUCCGACCAUUCCUAUAAAACCAAGAACUAAAUCCGACGAUCUGGAGUCGUUGCAGGAUCCUUCUCAGUCCCUCAAGCCCUCCGCUUCUCCAGCCGGCAACGGCCAGAUCCGGUACCGCACACCCUCUUCGGCGGAGCUCAUUGAGACCGGCCUUACUAGCUCCGCUGCCACCCCUUCCUCGCCCACUGGGGAGAUUGAUAAGAUGACCAAACGCCACAUGGGUCGGCACGACUCUCUUUCCGAUAAGAUCCAUAGGUACCGGGGACUGUUGCUUGUGAUCUCGGUGCCUAUGUUGCUCAUCACCUUUGUGCUCUUCGUUAUGCCAGGCCGGUCGCCCUCCGAUGUAGUGAAUGGGUUCGGGGAUAACAAUAACCGGAAGGUCAACUUGUUCUCGCGGGGGAACAGGAACUAUGCGGUUAUCUUUGAUGCGGGGAGUUCUGGGACUAGAGUGCACGUCUUCUGUUUCGAUCACAAUUUGGAUCUUGUUCCCAUUGGGAAUGAUCUCGAGAUUUUCGAGCAGAUCAAACCAGGAUUGAGCUUUUAUGCAAAGGAUCCACGGGCUGCAGCAGAUUCCUUGCUUUCUCUUCUUGACAAGGCUGAAAGUGUUGUGCCGCUCAAAUUGCGAGGGAGGACUCCUGUCAGAGUUGGGGCAACUGCUGGUUUGAGGGCAUUAGAAGGAGAUGCUUCUGACAAAAUUUUGGAAGCAGUUAGGAAACUUCUGAAAGAUCGAAGCACCUUGAAAUCAGAUGGGGUGAUCAUUCUGGAUGGCUCACAAGAAGGUUCUUAUCAGUGGGUAACAAUUAAUUACCUAUUAGGGAAUUUGGGAAAGUCUUACUCUAAUACUGUAGGAGUAGUUGAUCUUGGUGGUGGAUCUGUUCAAAUGGCAUAUGCAAUUGCUGAAUCAGACGCAGCGAAUGCUCCCAGGGCAUCAGAAGGAGAAGACACUUAUGUAAAGGAAAUGUAUCUAAAAGGAACAAAAUACUAUCUUUAUGUUCACAGUUACUUGCACUAUGGCUUGUUAGCAGCCAGAGCAGAAAUUUUGAAGAUCUCUGAAGAUUCUAGCAACCCAUGCAUCUUAGCUGGUUAUCAUGGUUCUUACAAAUAUGGGGUGGUGGAAUAUAAAGCAUCAUCUUCUCCUGCUGGGGCAAGCAUGGAAGAAUGCAGGAGACUAGCUUUCAAUGCUCUCAAGAUUAAUCAAACGUGUACACAUAUGAAAUGCACUUUUGGUGGUGUGUGGAAUGGUGGAGGUGGUGAUGGACAGAAGCAUUUGUUUGUUGCUUCAUUUUUCUUUGACAGGGCUGCUGAGGCUAAUUUUGUUAAAGCCAGUGAUCCAGUUGUAAAAGUUCAGCCACACAAUUUUGCUGAAGCUGCUAAACAUGCUUGUGAAACUAAGUUUUCGGAUGCAAAAGCUGUAUAUGAACAUGUUGAGGAUAAUAAUCUCCCAUAUUUAUGCAUGGAUUUAGUUUAUCAGUAUACACUGCUUGUAGACGGAUUUGGCCUUGAACCUUACCAAGAUAUUACAUUGGUGAAGAAAGUGAAAUACGGCAAUAAUCUUGUUGAAGCUGCAUGGCCACUGGGAAGUGCUAUAGAGGCAAUAUCAUCAUUAAAGUAAUUUCGGUUUGCAUAUGCUUAAUCAUUCAGUUCAAAUUCCGUGGCAUUUAGCUCUUAAUGCAUCAGCUUUAUCUAUUGAAUUCAGGGUCAAUAAUCCCUUGGAAAUCAGCUAGGUUUUAGCUAUAAGUCAGGUUUUUCGCCUAAUAUCCUUGGGGAUAACAACAGAGAAAAUGGUUCCAUUCUUAUUUUUUCAUUUGUAACUACGCUACAGCUUCAGAAUUAUUAUUUUUUGAAGAAUAAUUUAAUUUAAUUAGU